UUGGAACCACUGGAGAUGUUUAGAAAUAGGGCUUCUUUUGGGAAGGGGCUGCCCCAUUUGUGCUUCUCCAGGGGCAGGAGAAUAUCUAGGGCAGGAGAAUCCCUGCAGGGCCUCUGAGGCUCCCUUUGCUUCUUCCUCUCUCCCAGGACCCUGCACCUUGUUUUGGCUCCUUGACUCCUCUUCAAGGAUGAAAGAGAUGGAUCCUGCAAAGCUGGCAAGGAUGGAAGGAGGAAGAUGGACGGUUGACCUGGUCAGGUUGUCUCCUGCAUCCCUCCCCACAACCUCUGAGCGUUCUCUCCCAGGGACCUCCAAGAGAUCUGAUGGUGAAGAAUUGGAAGGGAGAAACGAGGGGUACCACAACAAAAUCCACAUAGCAGAGAAGUCAUAUGAAUAUUCAGAGUGUGGAGAGAACAUCCAUCAGAGCUCCCAGUCCACCUCCCAUCAAAGAAAGAGCUUUGUUCGGAGGGAUAGCUUCAUUUUACGCAAAAGAACUCACAGUAGAGUGAAAUUGUAUCAGUGCAGAGAAUGUGGAAAGAGCUUCACUCAGAAAGGCAGUCUCGCUUGCCAUCAUAGAAUUCAUACAGGGGAGAAACCCUAUCAGUGCUUGCAGUGUGGAAAGAGCUUCAGUCGGAAGGAUCAUCUCACUUCCCAUCAAAGAACUCAUACAAAGGAGAAACCCUAUCAGUGCUUUGAAUGUGGAAAGAGCUUCAGCGAGGGGUCCUAUCUCACUUCUCAUCAAAGAAUCCAUACAGGGGAGAAACCAUAUAAAUGCCUGGAAUGUGGAAAGAGCUUCGGUCAGAGGGCCUAUCUCAUGUCCCAUCAAAGAAUUCAUACAGAGGAGAAAACAUAUCAGUGUUUAGAAUGUGGAAAGAGCUUUCGGGAUGAGAUUAAGCUCUCUUCCCAUGAAAGAAUUCAUACAGGGGAGAAACCCUAUCAGUGCUUAGAAUGUGGAAAGAGCUUUCGUCAAAGCGCACAUCUCACUGCCCAUGAAAGAAUUCAUACAGGAGAGAAACCCUAUCAGUGCUUACAAUGUGGAAAGAACUUUAGUCAGAGCUCCUCUCUCACUGCCCAUGAAAGAAUUCAUACAGGGGAGAAACCCUAUAAAUGCCUAGAAUGUGGAAAGAGCUUCAGUCUCAGGCAGAGUCUCACUACCCAUCAAAGAAUUCAUACAGGGGAGAAACCCUAUAAGUGCUUGGAAUGUGGAAAGAACUUCCGGAAGGUGACUAUGCUCUCUUCCCAUAAAAAAAUUCAUACAGGGGAGAAACCUUUUCAAUGCCAUGAGUGCGAAAAGAGCUUUCUUCAGAGAGCCACUCUCACUGCCCAUGAAAGAACUCAUACAGGUCAGAAACCCUAUCACUGCUUCGAAUGUGGGAAGAGCUUCAGUCAAAGCUCGAAUCUCAAGAAGCAUCAAAGAAUUCAUACAGGGGAGAAACCUUAUCAGUGUUUGGAAUGUGGGAUGAGGUGCAAUCGAAAGGAUAGUCUCAUUUCCCAUCAAAGAACUCAUACAGGUCAGAAAACAUAUCAGUGCUUUGAAUGUGGGAAGAGCUUCAGUCAAAGCUCGAAUCUCAAGACCCAUGAAAGAAUUCAUACAGGGGAGAAACUCUAUCAAAUCUCUAUAGGGGAGAAACCCUAUCAAUGCCUGGAAUGUGAGAAGAGCUUCAGUCGAAUGGAUGGUCUCACUUCGCAUCAAAGAAUUCAUACAGGGGAGAAACCCUAUCAGUGCUUCGAAUGUGGAAAGAGCUUCCGGGAGGGGGCUAAGCUAUCUUCCCAUCAAAGAAUUCAUACAGGGGAGAAACCAUAUCAGUGUUUGAAAUGUGGAAAGAGCUUCCGUUUCAGGGAGAGUUUCACUAAACACCAAAGAAUUCAUACAGGGGAGAAACCUUAUCAGUGCCUGGAAUGUGGAAAGAGCUUUCGUCAGAGCGGUGAUCUCACAACUCAUCGAAGAAUUCAUACAGGGGAGAAACCAUAUCAGUGCUUAGAAUGUGGAAAGAGCUUUGGUCAAAGUGCAAAUCUCUCUGCCCAUGAAAGAAUUCAUACAGGGGAGAAACCCUAUAAAUGCCUAGAAUGUGGAAAGAGCUUCCGUCUCAGGCAGAGUCUCACUUUCCAUCAAAGAAUUCAUACAGGGGACAAACCCUAUCAGUGCUUAGAAUGUGGAAAGAGCUUUCGUCGAAGCGCACAUCUCACUACCCAUGAAAGAAUUCAUACAGGAGAGAAACCCUAUCAGUGCUUAGAAUGUGGAAAGAACUUUAGUCAGAGCUCCUCUCUCACUGUCCAUGAAAGAAUUCAUACAGGGGAGAAACCCUGUAAAUGCCUAGAAUGUGGAAAGAGCUUCAGUCUCAGGCAGAGUCUCACUAUCCAUCAAAGAAUUCAUACUGGGGACAAACCGUAUCAGUGCUUGGAAUGUGGAAAACGCUUCCGUCGGAAGAAUCGUCUCACUACCCAUCAAAGAAUCCAUACAGAG